AUGCGGAAGAGCCAAGGGAGGCAGCGAAAGGGAUCCCUUAGGAAAGCCGCCAUGGCCAAGAUGCGUGAACGGAGCAGCUCUCUGCGCAAGGCCAAAACUCCCACAAUCACCACCACCACGAGCUUAGACCCCUCGGACGAAGGCUCGGCUCCAGGCCGCUUCAGCUACGAGAACGCCCCCCUCAACUCUUCGUCCGACAGUGGAUGGCUACCCGCUGCCCGUCUGUCCCCGUCGUCACCCGCGCUUAUUUACACCCCACCCGAUGGUCCUGAACGGCAUGCUCCUUCACUACUUGCAUCACCCAUGACGAGCCCGGUCGCGCCUUACGCUUCGACUACCGACGAAGACGACACCAUGUCCUUCUACCGCCCCUCUCCCGCCGGCAAUGACUUCUCCUUCAGUGGUGCCAACCAGGGCUCUGCGACAUCUCUUGCACACCGCCGUUCAACUCGGAGCAACCGACGCACUUCCAUCUCGGCAGUCCUGACACCUGCCGAGGCUGACCCCGAUGACGAGUGGGAUUACAGCGAGACGGAGUGGUGGGGCUGGGUCGUGCUCAUAGCAACGUGGAUUGUUUUCGUCGUCGGCAUGGGCUCUUGCCUCGGAAUCUGGAGCUGGGCUUGGGACGUGGGCGAGACACCGUAUGCUCCACCCGAUUUGGAAGACGACGCAACCCUGCCCAUUACGGGCUACUAUCCCGCAUUGAUUGUUUGCACCGCAGUCACGAGCUGGGUGUGGGUUGUCGUGGCCUGGGUUGGCAUGAAGUAUUUCCGCCACGCCAAAGUAGGCGUCGACGGCUAG